AGCUUAUCUACCGAAACUCAAUUUUCGGACCUGGCAACCCUGGUUAUGUGCGAGUUUGAACGUGGCAUGUGCAAUAAAUGUCUAGAAUUUCAUUAGUGUCAAAGUUAUUAGAAAUGUUUGUUUGUAUCACGUUUGUAUCCUACAACAUACACGAAACUAAUUAAUUUGACCAAGUUCAUCAAUAGAAUCACUCAACCACUUGGAUAUAUAAUAAUAAACACCCACAUUCCUACCCAUUUCAAUGGGAGUUCCAGCAUUCUUUCGAUGGCUCAGCCGCAAAUAUCCCUCUGUUAUAGUGCAUUGUGUGGAGCAAAAGGCCGUCGACGUAAAUGGCACCAAAAUCCCCACAAACUCGUCCGAUCCAAAUCCGAAUGGGGUCGAGUUCGACAAUUUAUAUCUGGACAUGAAUGGCAUCAUCCAUCCUUGUACCCAUCCGGAAGAUCGGCCACCCCCUCGCAAUGAGGAUGAAAUGAUGAUUGCCAUUUUCGACUGCAUUGACCGGAUGUUUAAUAUCGUGCGACCCAGGAAGGUGAUUUACAUGGCCAUUGAUGGGGUGGCCCCCAGAGCCAAAAUGAACCAGCAAAGGUCCAGAAGAUUUCGGGCGUCAAAGGAAACUGUCGAGAAGAUUAACGAGAUUAAAAGAAUCCGUGCAGAGCUGCUGUUGAAAGGCUGCGAGUUGCCACCAGAGAAACCCAAGGAGGAGCAUUUUGACUCGAAUUGUAUCACUCCUGGGACCCCAUUCAUGGCCAGGUUGUCUGAGUGCUUGCAUUACUAUAUUCAUGAUAGGCUCAACAACGAUCCCGGCUGGAAGGGCAUUAAAGUCAUCUUGUCUGAUGCUAAUGUGCCUGGAGAGGGCGAACACAAGAUCAUGGACUAUAUUAGGAAGCAAAGGGCCCAGCCGGAUCAUGACCCCAACACACAGCAUGUCCUUUGUGGGGCUGAUGCUGAUUUGAUUAUGUUAGGCCUAGCUACUCAUGAACCUAACUUUACUAUCAUCCGGGAAGAGUUUCGCCCUAAUAAACCUAGACCAUGCGAGAUUUGUGGGCAGUUAGGGCACGAAAUGAAGGACUGUGUCGGCGGGGUUCGAAGCGAACAUGGCCAAGAGCCGGAUAUGCCGAUCAAUGCCGAAACUGAUUUCAUUUUUGUCAGAUUAAACGUGCUAAGGGAAUAUUUGGAGAAAGAAAUGUUCAUGCCAAAUCUCCCUUUCAAGUAUGAGUUUGAUCGCGCUCUGGACGAUUGGGUGUUCAUGUGCUUUUUUGUGGGCAAUGAUUUUCUACCACAUUUGCCCAGUUUGGAGAUUCGCGAAAAUGCUAUUGACCGCUUGAUCAGAUUGUAUAAGGACUGCGUCUACAAAACCGGGGGCUAUCUUACUGAUAGCGGCGAUGUAAACCUUGAACGAGUACAAAUGAUCAUGUUGGAAUUGGGAAAAGCUGAAGAUGAAAUUUUCAAGACCAGGCAACAAAAAGAGCUCUCGUUUAAAGCCAGAGAAAAGGCGAAGAAACGUAGAUCCGACGGUUUCAACCAAUAUAAGCCCAAUUUUGCUUUAUUACAAAAUACGCAAUUUGCGCCGAGAGCGAUCGGGCAGCAAAGUGCCGUAAAUAACGCGCGACACGAGGCAUUCAACAUUAGAAAAGCUGGAAUGCAUGGUGGAACGGGCCAAGUUGAAUCGCAUCUUAGAGCUACGGAUGCUAAAAGCGCCUUAGAAUCGAUGUUUAGGCCGGAAGGCGGCAGCAAUUCAAAUGAGCCUCAUGGUGAAAAAAGAAAGCAUGAAGACGAUAAUGGAAGUGAUGAUGAUCAGGCGCAUGAUGAAGUCAGACUUUGGGAAGAUGGAUUCAAAGACCGUUAUUACGAAUCAAAGUUUGAUGUCGGCCCACAACAUUUGGAAUUCAGGUAUCAGGUAGCACUUCAUUACGUAAGAGGGCUAUGCUGGGUGCUAAAAUACUACUAUCAAGGUUGCGCCUCUUGGAAAUGGUACUAUCCAUACCAUUACGCCCCAUUUGCAUCCGACUUUUGUAACAUCGCAGGACUGAGUACGGAUUUCGAAAGGGAUACCAAACCUUUCAAGCCUUUGGAGCAAUUGAUGGGCGUUUUCCCAGCAGCCAGUAGCAAGCAUGUACCCGCCCCAUUUGCUACCCUGAUGUCUGAUCCUGACUCAACAAUCAUCGACUUUUACCCGGAAGACUUUAAAAUCGACUUAAACGGCAAGAAGUUUGCGUGGCAGGGAGUGGCUCUACUGCCAUUCGUUGACGAGAACAGAUUGUUCAAGGCGUUGAAGCCGUACUACAGCCAGUUGGCUGAAGCCGAGAUCAAGCGCAACAUCAGAGGCGAUGACCGUUUGUAUGUCUCCUCCAAAAAUGAGGGCUACGACCUGUUGAGUGGUCUCUACACUCAAAACGUUGACUCAGAUGCGGAGUGUGCGAUUUCCAUCCAGGGCAUGCGAGGAACUGUCCUCUUAUCGGAUAGCUGCGUUUCGCGCGAUACGAACUCGCUGGCCUCACCCGUGAAAGGGCUGCCGAUGCUUUACGGCAACAUAGUAGUAUGUGUGCGAUUCAGAGAUCCAAAGUAUGCGGCCGGUUUCGUUUUUCCGGCCAGGAAGCUGAAAGGCGCCAAGGAUCCGCCCAAGGUGCUGAAGCCGGAGGAUUUGACUCCUGAGGCGAAUAGAGGCUGGAGGGCGCAGGUUGGAAUGGCUCCAGCUACUCAAAGAGCAUCGCUGAAUGUAUCGGGCCACCGAACGUUGGGUCAUUACGUGCCCAAACACGAUAACAAUAGGGAGUACGCCAAUAUACCUCCGCCCUCUGGCUUGGAUAACAGCAGGCAUAAUAACUAUGGAGGUCGAGCCG